CUCCUCCCAGCUUGCCUUUCCCUGGAGCCCCACCAGCAUUAUAAAGCCAUUGUCCCACCGCCUCUCCUCGCCUUGUCUCUGCCCGUCCAGCAAACGCUCCCCAUUUUUUAUCCCCGACUUCUUGGCAGCCACUAUGAGGGAGAUUGUGCACAUUCAGGCCGGCCAGUGCGGCAACCAGAUUGGAGCCAAGUUCUGGGAAGUGAUCAGCGAUGAGCAUGGCAUCGACCCAACGGGGACCUACCACGGCGACAGCGACCUCCAGCUGGACAGGAUCAGUGUCUACUACAACGAGGCCACAGGAGGCAAAUAUGUGCCUCGCGCCAUCCUGGUGGACCUGGAGCCUGGCACCAUGGACUCCGUGAGGUCCGGACCUUUCGGCCAGAUCUUCAGACCUGACAAUUUUGUCUUUGGUCAGAGCGGCGCCGGAAACAACUGGGCCAAGGGUCACUACACGGAGGGUGCUGAGCUGGUGGAUUCGGUCCUGGAUGUGGUGCGCAAAGAGUCGGAGAGCUGCGACUGCCUGCAGGGCUUCCAGCUCACGCAUUCCCUGGGCGGAGGAACCGGGUCGGGGAUGGGAACUCUACUCAUCAGCAAGAUACGAGAGGAGUACCCCGAUAGGAUCAUGAACACCUUCAGCGUGGUGCCUUCGCCCAAGGUGUCUGACACCGUGGUGGAGCCCUACAACGCCACUCUGUCCGUCCACCAGCUGGUGGAGAACACGGACGAGACCUACUGCAUCGACAAUGAGGCGCUGUACGACAUCUGCUUCCGCACGCUGAAGCUGACCACGCCCACCUACGGAGACCUCAACCACCUGGUCUCUGCCACUAUGAGUGGCGUCACCACCUGCCUGCGCUUCCCGGGCCAGCUCAACGCCGACCUGCGCAAGCUGGCAGUCAACAUGGUGCCUUUCCCCCGCCUGCACUUCUUCAUGCCCGGCUUCGCCCCGCUAACUAGCCGUGGCAGCCAGCAGUACCGUGCCCUCACCGUCCCGGAGCUGACUCAGCAAGUGUUUGACUCCAAGAACAUGAUGGCGGCGUGCGACCCGCGUCACGGCCGCUACUUGACGGUGGCAGCAGUCUUCCGUGGCCGCAUGUCCAUGAAGGAGGUGGACGAGCAGAUGCUCAACGUGCAGAACAAGAACAGCAGCUACUUUGUGGAGUGGAUCCCCAAUAACGUGAAGACGGCCGUGUGCGACAUUCCGCCCCGCGGCCUCAAGAUGGCUGUCACAUUCAUCGGCAACAGCACGGCCAUCCAGGAGCUGUUCAAGCGCAUCUCAGAGCAGUUCACUGCCAUGUUCCGCCGCAAGGCCUUCUUGCACUGGUACACGGGCGAGGGCAUGGAUGAGAUGGAGUUCACCGAGGCCGAGAGCAACAUGAACGACCUGGUGUCAGAGUACCAGCAGUACCAGGACGCCACGGCCGAGGAAGAGGGUGAGUUUGAGGAGGACGCCGAGGAAGACGCUUAAAAGAGAAGAGGGGCAAUGAGAAAGUGGAAGACCCCACCGCUUCGCAGACCACACGAGCUGUGCUAGAACCUGAGUCUUUUCGUCGAAGUUGGUGUUUCCAAGUCAUUCACCUUCAAUAAAAUCCGUCAAAUGAAAA